AUCCAUCUCUCAUUGGCGCUCGACGGUGAUAAUAUUCUAAAAUAUUUACACGGUGCAUGAGUCACAGAAUUGUGCAUUUUCACUCCGCGGUUGGACUUGAGGUUGCGAUAACCAACGGAGAGUGCGUCGAGCAUGUGGCGGCGCUCAACUACGUUUAACGAGGGGGCAUCAUUAGCUACACUGACUUUGCUAAAUCGCCAUAAUUAAAAUUUGUUUGAACAAGAAACAGAUAACGUCUCCACGACUGUGUUGAGAAUUCUAACGGAAUAACGGCUCUAGGCGUCGAUUCAAAAUGUCGGUGCGCGUUCAUUCCAUGGGAAACGGCGGCGAAGAGCUGCAACAAUCGACCGAUUUUAAAGUGAUUUUGAACGUCGGAGGACAACGACAUGAGACGCAUUUGAGCACGCUAAACAACUUCACCGAUACGCGUCUAACGUGGAUAAGCGAGCAGAUUAAGCUUGAUCCACGUCCGAACCGCGAGUUCUUUUUCGACCGUCACCCUGGGCUUUUUUCGCAUAUUCUGAACUACUUUCGUACGGGAAAGCUUCAUGCACCGAGAGAUAUUUGCGGUCCUAUGUUCGCUGAGGAAUUAAGUUAUUGGGGAAUCGACUCAAAACUUAUAGAGCCCUGUUGUUGGUCUUAUUUUGACGAACACAAUGAGCUGGAAGAAAAGCUACAAGGUUUUGGAGCACUCGACGAUAAAGACAGUAUUGUGGAAAGUUUAUUUGAAGAUGAAGGCGACGACGAAGACAAUUUUGAUGAUUUAUGUGAUGGAUACCCCGAAGCAGACAGAGUAAAUCGAAGCGAAAAGUGUUGGGAGCAAGCGCGCAAAUCGUGGCAGAGACACUGUAAAUCCAUCUGGAGAUUAUUGGAGAACCCUUAUUCAUCUACACUGGCAUGGGUGAGUGAUUUUGUGCAUGGAAUAUUUAGUUAGUUUUAAAACACUUUGCGUACAUUAGCGUCCUUGUCCUCCUGUAGUGUGCUUGUAUUCACCUGUUUAUACGUCUUGCAGAUGUUAGCGUUGUCUAUGUGUCGCACGCUAUACGAGAUACAAAUUAACAUGGCAACCGGUUCCGAGUUGCUCUUUAAAACGCGUUAAAACCACGACAUGCACAUUUAACAAUUUACACCUCUAUGCAACUUAAACUCGGUCUUAAAAAUUAUAUUCGCUUGUAUAUUUCGAAGCGAAUUGACAUAAUUUUCCGAGCAGAAAACGUCAAAUUUAGGUUAUCAAUUUGUCGACGCCGUUAUCAAUGAAAAGAUCGCACUUUGGCACUUCAAAUUUGACGCAAGCAAAAAACACGUUUGAGUUUUAGUUUGAUAAGCCGAAAGGGCACUUGAACGCAAAAAAUGGCCAAACUAGGGACCCAUGUCCGAAACAAAACUAAAGAUAAAAUUAAGUAUAAUGAGUUUUGAAGCGAUAUGAAACACGACAACACGGUAUAUUAUAAACAAAUCGUCAAGAUGCGAAUAAGAAUUAAUGUUGUUUUUUUUUUAAUUUUAACCGCGUUAUGUCGGACUUAUACGAAUACAAAAUAUAUAUUUGAAAAAUGCAAAUAUUAGCAAAUUUCAACAUUCACAAUGACACGGAAGGGAUUUUUUCAUUACGAUUUGAUAUUUGCCAUGUCAAAACAACGUUGUUAAUACUCCAAAUCCGAAAGAUUAAGAAAAUUUGACAUUCUGACCUGACGGUUUUGUAAUUACCGGUGGCAUUACGGCAAACUCAUUCAACUUUUCGUGCUGACGACAUCGGGGGUGAAAAUCGCACGUAUUUCAGUCAAUGAACAAGCACAAAACAAAGUAGUUAAUUUACACUAGCUUAUGAAGACGACUUUUUAAAUGCCGAAGUUCGCUCCCCAAAAUUUUAAUUUAUACUAAUGCUUGCGAGUUAUAGGCUAUAUAGCCGUAUUAAAAUUUCAAUAGUCCCCUAAUCGUAAAAUCUACACAACUGCAUAUGUAAUUCUCAUAAUUAUAUACACCGCUCACACAUUUGGCUAUACUUGGUAUAUUUAAACAUUGUACAGUAUUGUAGUCAGUAGAAUAAGUCUUAUCUUGAAAACAGUGUGAAAACUAAAAAAAGUGAUAAAGCAUUAGAUUGUUCAAUCGCAAUUUGAGUCCUCGUUUGAAUUUAGAAUUUAGUAUAGUUUGAUUAAAGUUGCAGCGCGUGUGGUAAGCGUUUAUAAUCUUUGGCUUAACCAAAUACCACAAAAUUUGCUAAACCUAUUCACGUUUUUCAAACAAACUGAAACAAGAUAUGAUCAACCGAAUUUCUCUUGAAUGAUACAGACGUACAAAUCUAGAUCCCAGACUCUUGUCGCACACACCGUCGAAACUCGACGAACUACGAACUGUUUUCGGUAGCUCCGACAUUAAACACGACGGUGUAUUGUAGAAUACUACCACAGAAUAAACAGUAACAGAAGCGCCACACAGCGUUGCAACGCGUCCUCGUUUUUUUAUGCAAAAAUAUGCAGUUUACUGGCUAGAAGGCGGAGCAGCCAACCAGUACAGCGUGUUUAUUGGCCAGAAAAUGUCAUGGUGAUAAAGUUAUUUUUAUUGUGUAACUGGCGAUCUCCUCAAGAUUCACUUUCAUCAGUUAUAAAGAUCGCUGUGGGCGAUUGCGAAGACAGCAUCACAACAUGAAGGAGCGAGAAUGUUUCACUCUAUUGUUAUAAUGAGGUGAUCAUGAAUGUAAUAAUUUGCCUAUCUGCAAAAACAAUUUAUUAACAGUUGGUUACGUACAUUCAGUGGGCGGAAAAAUUGAUUCAACAAUUUUAAGAGUUGUGAAUGGAAACAGAAGCUUUGUGUGAUUCACAAUUGUUUACAGUCUGAUGCAGUGUUACACAGGAGGAAACCGGAGACCUAGGGAAAAAAUCUGCGAUGUUUACAGCGAAACUGGAAGCACCGGCUCUUCUCACACGAUGACGGCUAAAAAGGAUGGACGAGAUGUUUUCAAGACAGUUCGAAAUUUAAACUCAGAGUUCGCUUUAGCUUAGGUUAAUGUUAGGGUUUAGGUUUUGGGUAAGGUUUAGGAUUGCUAUAAGUCCAUGGACGGUUGUUGAUUUUUUCGCGUUUUAACGAUCUUGAACAAUAGCCGCCAUUUUGAAAACCCUUCUGCGUCGAACUGAGUCCUGCGUCAGCAUAUUUUUCGCCGCCGUCCGCAGAUAAACGCCUGCUAAGCAGCUAGGUCACACAAACACAGGCCUCCAAAAUCUCUCCACUAAGCACUAGCACUGGAAUGGAAAUUGUAUGGACCUUUAUUGGAAAUAGAAUGGAUUUUGGUUAUCCAUAAUAAUUGUAUAUUUCCAUGCAUAGUAUGGAUAUAGUAUGGAAAUAGUGUGGAUAUACUAUGGAUUUAGUGGUGCAAUUGCAAAUUUCAGUAAUAGUAUGGAUUUCACUUUUUUUUUCCAGUCAAGAUGAGCUCAUAGGGCCUCAUAGCGGAUUAGUUCCAAUGAUGUGCUCUCUAGAUGAGCAAUGCAAACGCAAAUUAUAUUUAUUCAAAUGUUGUUAAAAAAAAAUCCAACUAUAACACUUAGGCUUGAAAAUGUACAAAAAUAAAAUUUUAUGAAGGUUUUAUAGGCUACAAGUUGAAUAUAGUAUUCUGUAACAAUAAGACUAGUAUUCUGUUGUAUUGUACUAUUGAUGAAUUACCUAAAAAGGGAGUAGUAUAUGGGCUUUAUGGGCUUUCAUAGCCUAUAGGCUAUAUACUAUAUAGCUAAUAUUAGCUAUAGCAAUCCUAUAACUAUAUAUACAAUUAAAACUCCAUUAACCGGGCAGAAGACUCAUAUGAGAUGUAUAUAUACUGAAUCACUAUUCACUACCGUCACAGACAAUUAACUGAAAGCUUAAAUAGUUCGCUAACUUUGAAAACCAAAUUUGCCGAUUUAUUUGAAUAAAUUGUUAUCACAUGCAUCUGUUUUGCCUUUGAAAUCCCAAUUAAAGUACGCCACUUGCUAAUUUAAUGGUUCAGCUAAUUCUUCCGCCUUUUCUGUGCCGACUUUGUAUCCCAUGCCGACUUUUAAUUCGGUAAUUACCUUUUAAUAUGGAUAUGUUUUGCUUCAUUUUCAAGGAUUUUGCGCUAAGAUUAUAUUGCCUGAGUUUAAUUAAAACAGGUCUUUAAACCCUUUCAAUCAUUCGAAACAGACUGAUAUAAACUCCAAAACGGACUGAAAUUACUUAGUUUUUGAAAUGUAAGCAAGAAUGUACGAAGUUCUUAGCGAAACCAGGUGAAAUAUAUGUGAAACACUGAAACAUGUGAAACGAACGAGACAUUAAUAAUUAAACUGAAUUAGGUUAUAUACUUACACAUUUAAAUAUUUAUUAGGUUGUGUGUUAUGCAUAUUACAUAUAGCUCUGAACUUUAAGCCCCUAAACUAAAAGCCUUUUCUCGAGACGUUAAAGUUUGUUUCAACUUUUUCAGGCAGACAUAAAUCACAACAGUUUAUUCGGAAUACUAGCUACCUACACUUGAUCCCACGUUUGAUACAACUUUUUCAACGUAUAAUUCAGGCACAAACCACGGCAUUUUAUUGUAGAACAUUAUCUACACCGGACCCCAUAUUUGAAAUAUCUUUUUCAGCUAGUUCCAAUAUACAGGGUGUAUAAAAAAAAACUGAACAGAUUUGAAAUUGCUCUCAAUUUCGCAAAACAUCUAUUUGCAUCCGGUUUUUUAUAUAUAUAUAUAUAUAGCUUCUUUGGGUACUUAUAAUGUAGAAUAAUGAAAAAAAAUUCUCAAACUCAAAUUUUGUGAACCAGGGGGGUGUGUCUUUUCCAACAAACUAAAAAUGGCUCGCGCACAAAAUUUAAAAGUUGUAAUCAUAUUUUGAGUUAAUAGAUGGAAACUUUGUCGGGUUUUUAAUUACUGUACAAAAUUUCAGACAAUUUGGUUGAGUUUAAGGCCUUUAACUAUUCAUUUUAUUUUAAAAAAUCAGCCUUUCGCAUGCUUAAUUAAUGCGUUUACCUAUUAAAUUUGCAUAUUGCUAACAUAUGCAAAUUAGGUAAAGGCAUUAAUUAAGCAUGCAAAUAGCUGAUUUUUAGGGAAAAUGUAACUUUGCGUGAAUAGUUAAAGAGCUUAAACUAAACCAAAUUGCCUGAAAUGUUGUACAGUAAUUAAAAACCCGACAAAGUUUCCAUCUAUUAACUCAAAAUAUGAUUACAACUUUUAAAUUUUGUGCGCGAGCCAUUUUUAGUUUGUUGGAAAAGACACCCUCCCCUGGUUCACAAAAUUUGAGUUCAAGAAAUUUUUUUCAUUAUUCUACAUUAUAAGUACCCAAAGAAGCUAUAUAUAUAAAAAACCGGAUACAAAUAGGUGUUUUGCGAAAUUGAGAGCAAUUUCAAAUCUGUUCAGUUUUUUUUUAUACACCCUGUAUAUUAUUAGUAUUUUUGCACCUCGACUUCGUCUCGGCGAAUAUUCCCCAAUAAUCAGUGGCGGCGCCAGGGGGGGGGCAAGGGGGGGCAAAUGCCCCCCAAAAAUUAUUUUUUGCCCCCCCAUUUUGCCCCCCCUCAAAAAAAUUAUUAGUCUCUAAGAGCGACUAAAGGCUACACAAGCGUUCUGUCGUUAUCGGAAAAUGUAUGGCUUAUAAGUUGUCAUUACUCAUUAGUGAAUGCGCGUAUACAUGAAACUGUUUUUUUACAGUUUCAAUAUUAGUUUGUAAAUCUCUGAAUGGUAAAACUUGCCAAUACUCCAAUAAUACGUUUCAAAAAGAGACAAAAAAGCUUUAGUUUUGCAGAGUUAAAUUCUCAAACGUGUAAGGCAAUAAUAAGAUGAAAGUAUCACGAAAUUAUUUGAAUAAACCACAUCGCAUAUAUGGGGGGCGAAUGUCCUAAAGAGGGGCGAUAUUCCUAGGGUAUUCGCCCCACCCCCUGGGAGGCGAUAUUCCUAGGAUAUUCGCCCCCCGGGGCAAUAUUCCUAGGAAUAUCGCCACGUUAUGAGGGGGGGGGGCGAAUUUCCUGGGGGGGCGACCUUUUUAAAAAUUCUAUCUUGCCCCCCCAAAAUUUGAGUUUGCCCCUCAAAUGCCCCCCAAAUUUGGAAGCCUGGCGCCGCCACUGCCGAUAAUCACCUCGCCUUCGGCGAAUAAUUGUUAAUCUUAAUCCAAUCCUUAAUCUUAGUCUUAAUCUGAUCCCUAAUCUAAAUCCUAUUCUAAAACAUUAUUUUAUCAUUGCAUACAAGGGCCAUAUUAUUAAUCUUAAUCCAAACCUUAACCUUCAUCUGAUCCCUAUAAUCUAAAUCCAUUCAGGUGAUCAGUUUUGCAUCACUAAUCUAAUGUAAUCUUUAUCAUAACUUUAAUCCAAUCCUUGAAAUCUGAACCCUCAUCGGAUUCCUAAUCUAAAUCCUACUCUAAUCCAUAAACCUAACCUUGAACUAAAGCUUCCAAAGAACUAAUAUUUAACUAAUGACCUUAUAUAGUACUUUUCAUAUUUCUUCACCUAUGAUAAUAUGUAGUCAUUCUUGACUCCUGCCCAUGAUUCCUUUACCGUCUUCGGAGUUACUAUUGAUUAUUUAACAAAUAUAAAACAUUUUCCGUGUUGAUAUACAGUUAUAUGGGGCGGAGUGUUUUCACACAAUUUCGAGUUUUCCCAAUUUCCACGAGUGUUGAUAUAACUGUAUAUCAAUACGGAAAACAGUUUUAUAUUUGUUUUAUAACAUAGCACAAAGAAACAUAAAGAAAGAAAUUUUCCGACGUUUCCGUGUUGACAUUGAGUUAUAUCAACACGGCUCUUAGCCAAUCAGCGUUCAGAAUUUACAAAUGCCAUAUGUUUUUUAUACAAUAACGUUAAGAAUUCAAGCGCUUUCAUUGGUCGAAAGCCAUGAUCUAUUAGAGGACAGAUGCACGGAAUUACGUCACACAAAACCUUAUCCAAUAGCAUUCUCUUUUUUAUACAGAUCAUGUACGCGUGAUAUUUGUAAAAUUUCGACUUUUUCAAAUAGGCAAUUCCAGCUUUUAGUUUAUGCCUGCAGGGGAUGAUGGGAAGUAAGGUAUCAUAGUGCUGAUUAUGCUGAAAAAUUUCAAUAAAAACCACCGAAGCAACCAAAAUAUUUCAGUAUUCACAAGUAUAAGCUAUCACUCCGUGUUUACACGGCCACCAUUUCUAUUUUUCAGCAUAAUCAGCAAUGUGAUACCUUACUUCCCAUCGUCCCCUGCACGCAUAAACUAAAAGCUGGAAUUGCCUAUUUCCAAAUGUUUGGGUGGAUAAAAAAUGAGCUGUUUACCUGUUUAAUUCGGGGUUUUUCUUUUUAUUAUAUAAAACAAGUAGAUAAGAUUUUGCCGUUAUCUGUUCAGUUAUAGAUACACAGUCAUGGGCGUACCGGAAGGAAAAAAUUAGGGGGGCGGAACGAAAUUUGCCCGACUUUUCGGGAUUGUGCCCGACUAGUACCUAAAAAAAUUUUUCCGGAAAAAUUAUUUCGGCGACCUCACCCCCCCCCCCGUCACCAAAAAAUUUUCGGUCAGUGUACCAUUUUAGGGAGUCAAAAAUUUUUUCCGGACAUACCAAAAUUUUUCGCAACAUCACACAAAUUUUCAAAAAAACACAAAAUUUACAACAAAAUUGACUGAAUUUUCGACUAAAUUGACAUAUUUUGUCCCAUUUAUUUUUAUUACAAACCAAAAUUGCCCGACUGUUGAUCGAAUAUUGCCCGAAUAUUGCCUAUGAUACACGUCAUAAUGUGGGUAGAACAAAAAAGUGACCCACUCGGCUCGUGAGCCACUUUCUUGUUCUUCCCCUAUUAUGACGUCAUACUCUGUAUCUAUAACUGAACAGACAACGGCAUAAUCUUAUCCAUUUGUUAAAGUGCCUAUGGCACGAAAUUUCACCCCAAAUGUUUAUAUUGCAUUGUAAAGAUCACUUAAAAUGACUUAAUAAUUUCUUUUAUAGAAUUUUGGUAACUUGAUUCGUUUGCAAGAUAUUCAACUUUGUUUCAUAUGCAGAUAUUAUUAUUAUUAUUAUUAUUAAAAUUUAUGGUUUCUCCCAAAAGGGUUUUUCAGAACCCAUUUACAAAAUUAUUUUAUAAAAACUACAAUUUUAAAAUAUUUACAGUUUCUACAAAGUUAGGAAUAAAAAUGACUGAUAUCUAAGUUUUUAAUAGUCUAAAAUAGGAAGUAGUCUAUAGUCUAAGUAGACAGUAAGUGUUCUUUAGGUUGACUUUUGAAUGUCUUAAGUGAUGUACAUUUCUUUAGCUCAGUGUCUAAGUUAUUCCAAAUUGAAGCUCCUCUAAAAGCAAAUGACCGUUGCCCUGACGCUGUUUUAAACAAUGGUAUCUGUAUUGAGUUGCAGUUCCGCGUAGACCGAUUAUGAAUACAAGAUCGUUUUUCAAACAUGUCACAAAGAUAUUUCGGCGCUAAGUUGUUCAUGCAUUUAAAAGUCAUUACGGCAUCACGGAAAUAGAGUAAUUUGUCAACUGUGAGCCACUCAAGGUUUUGGAGUAAUGGGCUUACAUGAUCGUAUUUCUUGGAUCCUGUGAUUAUUUUACAUGCAAAGUUUUGAAUAGAUUGAAGUUUCUUUAUAUUAGUGCAUGUUGUAUUUGACCAUACAGUGGAACAGUAAAGCAGUUUACUGAUCACUAAUGAAGUGAUUAUCAUUGUAAGUGUUCCCUUGUCAAAAUUAUUUUUAACUCUGUUUAUCUGGCACAGUUUAUAAAGGCAGGACGACACUAGAUUGGAUAUGUGCUUAUCGUAACUUAGGUGACUGUCCAUUAGAAGUCCUAGAUCUUUGGCAAAAUCAACAGGUUCUAGAAUCUUCCCCAUAAAAGAGAUCGAAAUAUUGACAUCAAGUUCGUUCAUCAGCUGCCUGGUUCCAAUGAUCAUGAAUUUUGUUUUAUCUGGAUUCACCAAAAGAUUGUUUUCACAGCACCAAGAUGCAAUUUUAUGUAGGUCUUCUUCCAGAUUUUUAGUUCCAGUGUCAGCUUCCGUUAAAGGAAACGAUAACAAAGUUUCUGAUGGUUUAUACUGUCAAAUGCUUUUGAGAGAUCAAGCAACACUAGAGCUGAGAGUUUCUUUUUAUCCAUGGCCUUUAAGAUGGUGUCAGUGAUAAAAACGUUUAAUGUCUCUGUCGAGUGAAGUUUUUCAUUUCCACUUUGGUGGGAGGAUAGUCGGUUGUUGCUUGUUAGGUAACAGCUAAAUUGCUCAAGAGCUAAUCUUUCACAGACUUUAGAUGCGACUACAAGAAGGGAAACUGGUCGAUUAUUUGAGGGUACUUCGUGGUCACCUUCUUUAUGAAUAGGAAUAAGUUCUGCCUUUUUCCAUGCCAGAGGAAAAGUAGAAGUACGGAGGGAACAAUUUAUAAUUUCCGUUAAAGGACCCAAAAUGACCGGAAGACAGUCUUUUAUGAUCCGUGGGUUAAUCUUAUCCGGACCAGAUGAUUUAUUGAGAGGUAACGAUAAAACUACUCGACGUACUUCGUGGCAAGUUACGGCUCUAAACUUAAAUUGGUCGAUUUCAGUUAUAACGACUGAUUCGAUUGAUUCUCGUAGAUUGAUGUUGUUAGUAUCUGCUAGAUGAGAAGACGCCCUUGCUGCAUUUUCACCAACCGAUGAAAAAAACUGAUUGAAAUCAUUUGCAAGAGAUUUAUGGUCUCCUUUAUAAAUUUGUCUUUCUUUUCCUUUUGAUGGUAUAAGGCGGUUUACUAUUUUCCAUAGAGACCCCGGAUUAUCUUUAUGUUGCCGUACUUCAUUAGAGUUAUACUCAUUCUCCGCCUUCUUAAGAUCUCUCUUCACAUUAUUCCGGUAGCUCUUAUAAUUGACCCAGUCUAUAAUAUCCCGCGUACGUAGAAAUCGUUGAUGUAAUCGAUCUCUCUCUUUCAUAAGGUUUCUAAGGUCUUGGGUAAUAAAUGGGCAUGGUCGGUUACGGAUCUUAAUUGUUUUAAUUGGAGCAUGAACGUCUAGUGUAGACUGGAUCGCAUAGUUAAGAAUGUUUAGUUUAGCAUUUACAUCGUCGCCGUCAAAAAUAGAUAGGAGACAAUCUGAUUUGUCCGCAAGAUCAGCUGCAAAAUAAUUCGGUACAUAAUUUUUAAAGCUACGUGCUGUAAUGUAUUGCGAAGGUUGCUUAGGAGACUUAAUCUUAAGUUCAGCAUACACAAGUAGAUGGUCACUGAUUGAUGUAAGUAAUACUCCACUUCGGUACACUAUUGACUUCGACGACACUAGGAUAACAUCUAGCAAUGAUUGAGUUGCAUCAGUGAUCCUCGUUGGCGAUUUAAUAAGUUGAGUGAGGUUCAUUUCAUUUAAAAAUCUAUCCAUAAUUUUAUAUUCUACACAAUUAUCCUUUAAUCCAUCACAAUUUAGAUCACCUAGGAUCACGAUUGAUUUGUUUAAUACAAGAGCUUCCAUGUAAUUUGGUUUUAAUGUAUGUUCAAAGCAGUGCAGAGGACAGUCAGGUGGUCGGUAGGCUACACAAAUUAUGAGCGACUUAAAUUUCUGGCACUGGACAUUUAUCCAUAGUUGAUGGAAAUUUUCUUCGGAAAUGAAAGUUAAGGAUUUUAAAACAGAUGAUUUAAGUUCUUUGCGAACGUACGUGCAUACACCACCGCCGCGUUUAUUAAGACGAUCCAAUCUGAAAAGAUUAUAUCCGUCUAUCCUUACUUCGGCAGACGAAACACUGGUGUUUAGCCAUGUUUCAGAUAUCACUAGUGUGACAUCACAUCGCAUAAUGACAUUUUGAAAACGCAGUAUUUUACCUUGAUAAAAUAUUUUUACAAACAAAUACAGAGGGUUAAUUACCAGUUAUGCAAUUAAUACAUAUACAAUGGCAAUUUUUAAGUUUUUUAGAUACGUAUUCGUCAAGAAAACUAUACUUUUCUGCAAACUCAUUAUGUGAUGUGAUGUCACACCGGUGAUAUUUGCAUAUGAAACAAAGUUGAAUAUCUUGAAAAGGGAGCAAGUUACCAAAAUUCUAUAAAAUAAAUUAUUAAGUCAUUUUAAGUGAUCUUUACAAUGCAACCAUAAACCUUUGGGGUGAAAUUUCGUGUCAUAGGCACUUUAAGUAUUUACUCUGAAUCUCUGAUCCACUAUUUUAUCAUUGUAGGUGGUCAGUUUUGUCUCAUUACUCCUGACAUUUCUGGUCGUGGUUCUAUUCUGCAUCUCAACUCUACACAUUUUCGAUCAAAAAAAUCGAAACGUGGUCUUAUACUCCUUGGAAAGUGCCUCAAUAUGCUGGUUCACUAUCGAAUUUCUGGUCCGCCUCGUCACAUCUCCGGACAAAAAAUCCUUCGUCAGAACAAUGCAAACGUGGGUGGACAUUGUUGCAAUAAUUCCCUUCUAUCUCGAACUCGGCUUCCCAAGAGAAGAGGAUUUGCGUGUUUUGAAACUGCUUUACGUGCUGCGGUUGUAUCGUGCGUUUCGCGCGUUUCGUUUUUCGUACGUGCUUCAGGUUUUUAUCCAGACCAUCAAGGGGAGCUUUCGAGAACUUUUUCUGCUGUUUUUUAUUUUUUCGAUUUUGGUCGUCACCUAUGGCUCGCUCGCCUACUAUGCGGAGAGAAAUGAAAAUACCAAAUUUUCAAGCAUACCAGCCUCGUUUUGGUGGUCACUUAUCACCAUGACAACUGUAGGUAGGACACUACUACUAUAUUAUAAUGAGAUAUUACAUAAGAUGUGGUUGUCCAAUGAGCGAUUACGCAAGAUGUAGCUGCCAAAUCCAUUAUUCUCUAUCACAUUUUCCGGAACAACAUUACUCAGUUCUUUUUCAUAUUAUGCUUACUAAAUUAUUUCCAAUGUACUAUUCUUGUAGUAUUUAAUAUUUGGAGCCUUGGUGAUUUUCUAUCGUUAAAGAUUUUUGAAGUUAUGUCACUUAUGUGCUCUUUUAGAGAUUGAUUUCCGUACUCGUGAACUUUUAGGACAAUUAGCAAGAUUGUUUCCUUCGGUUUUGAAUGUUUAUAUAACAUUUUCAAUGCGUAUUCUAUACUUUUAAGUAUUUAAAAAUAGUUCAGGGGGCUCAGGGAGAAUUCUCCACUGGGAAAAGCUUCCGAUCUAGAGACCCUGGAACAGCAAUUCCUGCUUUCUGGGAGAAUAUUUAACUGUGGUUUGUAUGCAUAUAUUACUUUAUCCUUAUUUGGAGGCCCCUUUAGCUGGGGGCCCGGGGCAAAUUACCCCUUUUUCCCCUUCCCCUCGACCCCUCUUGGAGGCCUGGAAAUAUGAUAUCUACUGCCAUCAGAACGACGUUUUAUAUCUUUUAUUGUAGAAACUAUGAGCGUUUAAACUGUCUAUUUCUUACAAAUAUCAUGAUGUAUAUAACCAUAUGUGAUUUAAGUAGCCAAUUUAUGUUACCUCAAGAAGCGAGACUUACAAUAGUGUAUAUUAUAUAAAAAGUGAUAUUACUAAAAUUUUCACUAUUAUAGGUUAUGGCGACAUCACGCCAACGACACUGUAUGGAAAGUUGGUUGGUGGCGCAUGUGCCGUGAGUGGUGUACUAAUGAUGGCUUUACCAGUGUCUGUGAUGGCGAGCAAUUUCUCGUUGUAUAAUAAUUAUGCCAAGGUAACUAUUAUUAGUAGUAUAAUUAGCUUUCUGUUAAAACUUUCGCAACGUUCUUUUUAAAUGACCUAACUUUACUCGCUCGCUGAAGACUAGGGGAAAAAACUCUGAGGCUUGGUGCUGCAGAUGGUGGUCAAUUUUAACACUUACGGAAGCAAGAUAACGCUGAAUGCUGAAUCUUUCUAUCACACGUAAAAACGGGCAAGUUGUUACAGAUCCGCAAACACGUUGCAACAAGGUUGUUGUCAAGCAACUAUCAGGAUGUGUUUUUACAACGGUAACAGACUUUUUACAAGUUGUCCCAACAAGUCUCAAGAAUACAGGCUGUUCGUAACAAGUUAUACAAGCUUGUUGGAACAACUUGUUACGCGUCUGUUGCCCUCAUAAACCUUGCUACAAGAUGACAACAACUUGUUCCAAACUUGGAAACAACUGGGAACAACUUGUUGACAAGCUGUGAGAUUUUUACGCGUUAUUUUCCCUACGCCUAGAACCAUUGCUCAAAAUCUUCAAAUUCCACACUUCGUGUUCUUGCUCAAGGGCCAGAAAUUUGACUUGAGGCCACCAGCUUUUGCCGGGCUGUGCCCCAGGGAGUUACGUAUACGCCACGUAAAGAACUUGAAACACAAAUUUUCUUUCUCAUAGGUAAAGCUCAAGCUACCUCCGAGACCAGUGAAAAAGAUCUUAAGCAGCGCUAUACAAAGCAUGAAGUUCAAUGCUCCCGAGACGUCAAUUGUAAGCACCGAUGAACUGCCGAAGAUUUCUAACGGCCGACGACGAUCGUACCGAAGUCGGAGUCGGUAUUCGUCGGUAAUUCCGACACUAGAGGAAGAAGACAGAAUGGAUGAACAGAUUGAGAUGACCAAACGUCAGGAGGUAUAAAUGCUUUUGAAGUGACCUUUAUUAAAUGGUCGUAUGGGCUGUCAGAGGCGCCCUUUGAAAGCCUUCAAUUUGAUCAGGUUGAGCUGCUUAUCCUUCUUACUUCUCAGCUGCAAGUAAGGAUGAUCAGACCUAAGCGGACCAGAUCGCACAGCCCCAAACAUAAUUUUUCAUUGUUUUGUGACUGUAUCAAACGGCCACCGGUAAGAGAAACUAUGGCAUCUGGUGAUGCAUUGCGCAAUUUAAUCGACAUGAAAAGUUUUUGCAAGCCAUAUCAAGGAUGAUUGUUGUGUUGAGCCAGACCAAACUUAGCCGCAUGCCGCAACGGCUAAACUCAGCACGGCUCUGUCAUUUUGUAUUUGUUGUUAUGUUCAGUUCCCUUGAUUUUAUUAAGAAUCAAUAACAACCCCUUUAAUCAUGCUACUUGGACCUGUGCUGGCCAGUCACCCUGUAUUAAGCAGUUACCUACGCCCCGAGGGUGACCGCUUAAUACGGGUUCGACUGUACCUUCUUCAGCUCUCACCUGCUUACGGCCCGCUUCAUUGUCGGACAAUUGACAUGGCUCAUUUAUUUUUUACUGCUUAUUCCAGGUCACAGAAGAACAACCAGUGAUACCACUAAAGUACCCACAAAAGUCACCGAAUGGUUCGCCAAUGCCAUUGCGUACGAAAGAAGUGCGUAUAUCAAUACCGGAAAUUCCUGAAUACUAAUAACUUGAUGGGUUUUAGUAAUGGAAACAACCUCGCGUACUUCUGCUCCAAGAGAAUCCUCCUUCACCCAAGUCAUACCUAGAUAACCCGUUCUAUCCACCCACAACCUGACCCGAAAUCUGGUCCGCAAUAGGCAGUUGGCCAUCAUCCAAUCAAAACCUGACACAGAAAGUAGUACAGCUCGCAAUCAUGAAGCAGACCGUAGAUGGAUUCUCAUGGGUAUAUAUGGAUAUAUAGAUGGACCGUUGUGGAUUUCAUGAGAUAAUGAGAGAUGUCUAAAAUAUAGAUAAUAAGAGAUAAAAUAGGUAACCAAGAUGGAUAACGUCCAGUCCGUUACAGGGAGAACAAAACCUCUUUGAGUUAGAAAGCAAACUAAGAAAGCAAACAGUAGAUGUAGAAAGUAGAAGACUAUAUUGUUAGCAGCUGAACGCGUGCUAUUGUCUGAUGAUAUACAAAGAAAUCUGAGCUGAAUUAGUGAUAGUACAAGUUACCCGUGUUUUAUGUAACUUUACACUGAGGCAAGAAAACAAAAUAAAAUUUGACUUAGCAAUUAUAUGUUGCUAUAAAUUAUUAAGCCAUGUAUAAUUUUGUAAUGCGGCGCUGCAUGGCAUAUACACAUGUAUCUAGUAGCUGAUAUGACUUUGAAUGCACUGACAUACACACAUAAAAAUCUCAUAACUUGUCAACAAGAUGAGUUUGCAACAGGCUUGUAGCAAGCUUGUAACAAUGCUGUUAUUUUAUCAAGUUGCUACAAGGUUGUCACUCACAACAUGUUGCGGACAAAUUGUUGAAUUGCAGGACGAUAACAAGUUGUUGGAACAACUUGUAACAAGCCUGUUGAGCUCAACAACCUUGUAGCAAGUUGUCAACAAACC